AUAACAGUUAAUGUCUAUACAUUAAAAUCAAAUAUAUUUUUUUAUCUUAGAAUAAAUAUAUCUUAUACAAAAUUUAAAUAAGGAAACUUAUGUAGUUAUGUUAAUGAACAUCUUUAUAAAUUAAUAAAAUUUCAAAAUCCCAACAUUAUUAAUUUAUAGAGGUUUCACUUAUAUAAUCAAUCAUAUACAAUGUUUUUUGAAUAACUAAAGUAAAAAAAUACAUGCACGGACGUGUAUGUCAAGUUCUAGUAAAUAUUAUCUAGAAUAAAGAUUUCAAAUUGAGGAAGAAAAAGGGAGAUUACACGUGUUAUACUCAUCAACUAUGGUCACGUUACUCCCUUGUGAAACCCAAAUUAUAUAUUUAUUGUUUUGAUGAUAAUCGCAUCCUUUAUUUUGAAGACGUGUUUGACGGACAUUAGAUACAAACCCUAACAUAGAUGAUGGAUUCAACCAAAACAAAAAAGGCUAUAGCUGCACAUGAUCAGGAAGAGCUUCCAUGGGAGAUGAUUGAAGAAAUUCUCUCUCAUGUCCCUCCAAUAUCUCUUGUACGCUUCAGAACCGUUUGCAAACGAUGGAACGCUCUCCUCAACGACAAGACGUUCCUAAACAACCACAAGUUUACGUUUCGAUUCAUCUUAACAACCAAAUCCAAGAUUUACUCGGUAAGCAUUGACCCUAAGAUAUUGGUGCGUGAGUUAACAUUGGAAGUUCCCGGUACAGAAUCUCAUAUUAAACAUUUGGUUGAUUGUAAUGAGUUCUUGCUAUGUGGUAUGGAUAAAGUAGCCGCGGUUUGGAACCCGUGGUUUAAACAAAGCAGAUGGAUCAAAGUCAAUGCUAGCCAACCUAGUUCCCAAGUCGUUGGCAUAGGUUAUGUUAAUAACAACAUGAGAGCUGAUGAAAAACGUUACAAGACCAUUGGGUCUUAUUGGACGGACCAUUCCGAGUGGGAAACCCAAGACUUUUCUUCCGAAGUGUGGAAAGACCCCAAGUUGACACCUAUACAGGGAGACAAAAGUCUCAAAGAUAAAGCAGCUAUCUUCUUCACUAAAUGUGGUGUAUCGUUACAUGGAAAUGUGUAUUGGAUUGCUUUCUAUGACAAGACUGAUACCUUGUACCAUCUUCUUAACUUUGAUUUUUCGAGCGAGAGAUUCUAUGCAUACUUUUGUGAUCUACCAUGUGGGAUGAACCAUCCUCGCAAUGCUCUUGUCCUUAGAGUCUUCAGGGGAGAUCGGUUUUCUUUGUUGAAACAAUGCUACAAGACAAAGAAGAUUGAGAUUUGGGUGACCAAGAACAAGAUUAACGUUGAGGAUGGUAAUGAUGUGGUUUGGAUGAACUUCAGGACUUUGUCUAUACCUAACUUUCCAGGUUUAGUAUCGAAUGAAUAUUCCAGCUCUCAACCAAGUUACUUCAUCGACGAUAAAAGGCUUGUUUUGUGUUCUUGCGACGAAACUGGCCAUCCUUGGAUCUAUGUUGUAGAAGAAAACAAGUUGAUCAGUAAAGUCCAGCUAAAUGAUGUGUUUGAUCCUUGGCCUUUGCAUUGUACCUAUUUUCCAAGCUUGGUCCCGGUUCCUAGAGGUCCAAGAGAAGAAGCAUUAUUACAAGAUUAGUUUAUUACGUUAUUCUGUCUUCUUGUUUGGUUUUGAUCCUGAAGAAACUAAUGCUGAUUUGGAUUUUGUUUAUUUUUUCAUUCAUAAAUUCAUUGUCAUUGUUGCAGCUAGAGUUAGCUCACUUUAUAAAUAAUAUAUUACUAGGUGAUUGUUUUAUACUCACAGAGGUAUAUAUAUGUAUAUAUUCACAAAAUACAUAAUUAAUUACAAACGAUUAAUAUUUUUUUUCAUUUUUAUAAGUUUAAAUUGUUUUGUUAUGUGAUUUAUAUGCAUAAAAAUAAAUAAUAUAUAUAUAUAUAUGUAUGUGUGUGUGUGACUUGCUUAUAAAAAAUUAUUGGUUCGGUUAUUCUUUUUUAAUAUUGGAUUGCAUUAUUCCUCUCAAUUAGACAAUGUUUGCUUCAUUGUUCUAAAUAAGCUGAAAUUAGAUUUACUUUUUUUCUUACUUUCAUUUAGUUUAGAUCAGUGUCUUUGAUUUAUAACAUAUUUUGGUUAGAUUAUGUAUAGUUUGAUAUAUGUUAAUUUGGAAGAAAAAUAGGAAACUAUCGUAGUUCCAAAAUUGCACAAGUUAAUAUAACUAAAAAUAUUUUGAAAUUUCAUGAAAGUAUAUAUAUAUUUACAAAACCUAAAUUGUAAUAUCUAUUUAAUGUAUCUUUACACUUAUUCACAGUUUUGAGUUGUUAGUAAUUUAUAAUGUGUUAAUUUAUUGAGUAGUAAUUUAUAAAAUUUCUACGGUAUCCAAAAAUAAUUAAACAAUAAAUAUUUUUUAAUUAUUUAAAAACAAUUAUAAAUUAUUUAAACUAUUAGUAGUUCCACAUCGAUAUUUUUUUAUCUUGGUUUUUAAAAAAUGUUAAGACUUUAAAACAUGUGAGUAUAAAGCUUCAUUUAACAGAUAAUCAUAUUAAAAUAUACAAUAUAUCUAUCUUAAUAUCAUUUUUUAUGUUAAUAUCAUUUAAACUUAAUUAUAUACCAUAUUAAAUAGAUAAAAAUGAAUGUUUGAAUUUAUUUUACCAUAAUAUGAUUGUAAAUAAAUGAUGAUAAUUGUUUUGAUUUAUGUGUAAACCAAUUUAAUUAUAUAUGUAUAGUUUUUAGUUUCUCAAUUAUUUCAUAAAAUAAUUUGUAUACACAUUGUUCAUCUAGACAAAACAGUUUAAACUCAUCAACUAUUGUCACGUUACUCACAUGUGAAACCAAGUAUUUUUUUUUUUUUUUUGAGAAAGAGGUAUUUAUUGUUUUGUCCAUCGGAUCCUCUACUUUGAAAAGAUACGGUUCAAAGUUCAAACCCUAGCUACGAAAAUAGACGAUGGAUUCAACCAAAACGAUAAAAGAGAUAGGCGUGCAAGAUCAGGAACAGCUUCCAUGGGAGUUGGUUGAAGAAAUACUCACUCAUGUCCCUCCAAUAUCUCUUGUUCGCUUCAGAACCGUUUGCAAGAGAUGGGACGAUCUCUUCAACGACAAGACGUUCAUCGAUAACCACAAGUUGACGUUUCGAUUCAUUCUAGCAACCAAGUCCAAGAUUUAUUCGGUAAGCAUUGGCUAACUGCAAUGAGUUCUUGCUAUAUCGCAAGAAAAAAGAAGCCGUGGUUUGGAACCCGUGGUUGAAACAAAGUAGAUGGAUCAAAUCUGAUGUUAGCCAAUCUAGUUUGGAAGUCGAUGGGAUAGGCUAUGAUAAUAAUAAUGAUAACAAAAUGAGAGCUGAGGAAAGACGUUACAAGACCAUUGGGUCUUACUUGAAAAACCAUUCCGUGUGGAAAACCCAAGACUUUUCUUGUGAUGUGUGGAAAGACCUCAAGUUGAAGGCUAGAAGGGGAGACAAAAGUCUGAAAGAUACAGUAACUAACUUAUUCACGAGAUGUGGUGUAUCGUUACAUGGAAAAUUUGUAUUGGAUUGCUUUCUGUGACAAGACUGAUCUCUUGUACCAUCUAAUUAACUUCGAUUUUUCGAGCGAGAGAUUCUAUACAUUCUUUUGUGAUCUACCAUGUGGGAUGAACCAUCCUCGCAAUGCUCUUGUCCUUCCGGUCUUCAAGGGAGAUCGGUUUUCGUUGUUGAAACAAUGAUACAAGACAAAGAAGAUUGAGAUUUGGGUGACCAAGAACAAGAUUAACGUUGAGGAUGGUGCUGAUGUGGUUUGGAUGAACUUCAGGACUUUGUCUAUACCUAACUUUCCAGGUUUAGUAUCGAAUGAAUAUUCCAGCUCUCAACCAAGUUACUUCAUCGAUGAUAAAAGGCUUGUUAUGUGUUCUUGCGACGAAACUGGCCAUCCUUGGAUCUAUAUUUUGAAAGAAAACAAGUUGAUCAGCAAAGUCAAACUAAAUUCUGUUGUUGAUCCUUGGCCUGUGCAUUGUACUUAUUUUCCAAGUUUGGUCCCAGUUCCUGGAAGUCCAAUAGAAGAAGCGUUAUUACAAGUUUAGUUUCAUUACUUUACUUUCUCUUCGUUUGGUUUUUGAUGCUGAGUAGUGCUGGGUUUGCGGGUCAAUCCGUCCCGACCCACUCCGUCCCGCUGCAGGUUAAAUUAUUUUUUUUAUUCAAAAAAUCGACCCGCACAACCCGCAAACAAAAAUUUUUUUACCCGUUAUUCAUCUUAACAACCAAAUCCAAGAUUUAGUAUUAAUUAUU